UGUUGUCUUGUCUCCAUGCUCCCUGCCUCCUGCGAAGAUGGGUCCGUUCAUUGGCAGCGACCUGGGAAAGAGCCAGAAGUUGAUCUCCCAUACUAUCGCUACCGAGCUCCCUCUGCUGAAGUGGAGAUGACAGCCUAUGUGCUCCUUGCUUACCUCACCUCUCAGCCAGCACCUUCCCAGGAGGAGCUGUCAUUUGCAUCUCAUAUUGCAAAGUGGAUCAGUGGUCAGCAGAAUCCCAAUGGAGGCUUCUCCUCCACCCAGGACACAGUGGUGGCUCUCCAAGCCUUGUCCCUGUAUGGAGCUCUCACUUAUGCCAAGAGCGGGACAGCUUCCAAAGUGACCCUGCAAUCUGGAGGGAACUUCCAGCAAGACUUCCAAGUGGAUCCCACAAACCGGCUGCUGCUCCAGCGCAUGUCCCUUCCCCGGGUGCCAGGGGAGUACAGUGUGGAGGUGUCUGGUGAAGGAUGUGUCUACCUGCAGACAAGCCUGAGGUACAACGUGCAGCCCACACAGGAGGAUGCACCUUUCAUGCUUCAUGUGUACACUAUCCCAGAGACAUGUGUGGACUCCAAGGCUCACAAGGUCUUUGACAUUGGCAUAAAUGUCAGUUACACUGGAGAGCGCAACAGCUCCAACAUGGUGAUUGUUGAUGUGAAGAUGCUGUCGGGAUUCAUUCCCUUGAAGUCCUCAGUGAGGAAGCUCUCAAACACCUGGUUUCACCAGAUCCAGCGGACGGAGGUGAACUCAAAUCAUGUUUUGCUGUACAUAGAGCAGCUGAGCAGUGAGACCCUCAGCUUCUCCUUCACGGUGGAGCGGGACAUCCCCGUGCAGGGCCUGAAGCCAGCCCAGGUGAAGGUCUAUGACUACUACGAGACAGAUGAGUUUGCCACACAGGAGUACAGUGCUCCCUGCACCACAG